CUCUCUCUCUCUCUCUCAUGCAAAACAAGCAACAGACCUUCAAAUGCUCCUUCUUUCAACACCCUGUCCAUAGAACCAGAACCCUUAAUCGAGCGUUGAUGGGGAUUUUGUUUCUACUCUUUGUAUCUCUUUGUAUUUGCAUUUCUCUCCACUCCCUCCUCAAUCUUUUCCGCACCAAACUAAAACUCCCCCCAAGCCCUCCCACCAUACCUUUCUUAGGAAACUUGCUGUGGCUCCUCAAGUCCUCCCAAGAUUUCUCCAACCUAGAGCCCGUCCUCCGCCGCCUCCGCGCCAAGUACGGCCCCAUCGUCACCCUCCACAUCGGCUCCCGCCCCGCCAUCUUCAUAACCAGCCACGGCGCCGCCCACCGCGCCCUUGUCCAGAACGCCGCUGUUUUUGCCAGCCGCCCGCCCGCCCUCGAGGCGACCAAGAUAUUCUUCAGCAACCAACACACCGUGAGCUCCGCAGCUUACGGCCCCCUCUGGAGGGUGCUUCGCCAAAACCUAGCGUCCUUUUUGCACCCGUCUAGGUUACAUUUGUUCGCGAACGGCCGUAAAUGGGCAUACAGUGUGUUGAGGGAGAAACUCCAGGCGGAAGCCGAAUCGGCAAAGGGAAAAGCCAUCCUAGUCCAAGAUCACUUCCAGCAUGCUGUGUUCUGCUUACUUGUUUAUAUAUGUUUCGGAGAAAAGCUUGAAGAAACGGCCGUUAGAGAGAUCGAGGCGGCACAACGUCCGAUUCUUACGAAUUUUAUUAGGUUCAACGUGCUAAAUUUCAUGCCGAGGCUGGGAAAGAUUGUGUUUCGAAAGCUUUGGAGAGAGCUUUUCGAGAUCCGGCGUAAUCAAGAAAAUGUCAUCCUUCCGCUUAUAAGACAACGUCAAGAGAGGAUGAACAACAAGAAGAUCGAAAACCACCAAGAAGACACCCCUGACCCUCGAACCAAAAAAACCCACCAAGAAGACACCCCCGACCCUCGAACCAAAAAAACCCACCAAGAUGACGUUGAGAAUAUUGUGCCAUACGUCGAUACCCUUUUUGAAAUUCGGCUUCCUGAAGAGCACGGAGGGAGAAAGUUUACGGACGGAGAGAUGGUGAGUCUGUGUUCGGAGUUUUUGAACGGCGGUACGGACACAUCCAUGACCACAUUGCAGUGGGCCAUGGCUAACCUAGUGAAGCAACAAGAGAUACAAGAAAAGCUAGCUAGGGAAAUCAGUCUAGUGGUGAAAGGCAAUGAAGAGAUCAAGACGGGGGAUCUAGAGAAGAUGCCUUACCUGAAGGCCAUAGUGCUGGAGACCCUGAGGCGGCAUCCGCCCGGGCACUUCAUACUGCCUCGGGCAGUCACCGAGGACACGGUGCUGGACGGGUACCGCAUACCCACGAACGCGAUGGUGAACUUCACCGUGGCGGAGAUGGGGUGGGACCCGAGCGAGUGGGAGGAUCCGAUGGAGUUCCGACCCGAGAGGUUUUUGAGCGAUGAGAGUGGGGAGGUAGAGUUUGAUAUGAAAGGAGUGAAAGGGAUCAAGAUGAUGCCUUUUGGAGCUGGGAGGAGGGUUUGCCCGGCCAUUACCAUGGCUCUGUUGCAUCAGCAGUAUUUUGUGGCAAAUCUGGUGAGGGAUUUCAAGUGGGAAGUUGAGGAUGGGGAGGAUGUUGAUUUGAGUGAGAAACAAGACUUCACCAUGAUCAUGAAGAAUCCACUUAAAGCGCACAUCUCCCCAAGGAUAAUAGACUGA